CGGGCUAACACCGGUCGCCCCACCUCUCAGUCAGCGCAUAUCCAUUGCAGGUGAAGAAAGAACUUUCCCAGAAAAUCAAUGCAGCAAAGAACCUCAUUUCUCCUCUUCUUCUUCUUCUUCCUCCCCUCUUCCAACCAUGGCGUCGCCCUGAACUUUCCUCUGUAUUUUCUCUUGAAGAAAAUCUUGACUACUGAGCCAACCUUCAACCCCCCAGAAAGUCUUGGUCUUCCCCCGAGGACCGCAACAGAAGUUUUUUCCUUUGCUCAUAAGGUUACACAAACGCAAUAACUAUACGAUUGAGAGUUCGGCUUCAUGGGGGAUUGAAGUGGUUUCGGGUUCCCACAGGGUACAGAUGGGCCAAUCACAUGUCUAAUUUCCGAAUGACAAACGGUUGAAAGCAUGGCUUUGGAGCUGAUCCCCAUUGGGACCAUCUUAGCAGUGCUAACCAACCAGGUGAUCAAAACUGCGCAGGCAGCAAAAGACGUCCUCUUUGAGAAGGAUAGCUUCAGGGUCCUCUCAAAGCACCUCUUCGACAUCGAACCUGUGUUAAGGGAACUCCAGCUCCGAGAGCUGAACGAUUCUCAGGCUGUGAGGUUAGCCUUGGAAUCCCUUGAGGCCAAUGUCAAGAAGGCCAAUACCCUUGUGGAGAAGUACCGGGGCAGGUCCCGCUUCUACCUCCUCAUCAAGUGCCGUCACAUCGUCAAGGAAGUGCAACAAGUCACGAGGGACAUUGGUCAGUCCUUGGCUGCUCUGUCCCUUACAAAUGCCGAGGUUUUGACCGAAAUAUCAGAGCAGGUGGAUAGACUUCAGAAUGAGAUGCAGAGAGUAGAGCUCCAGACUUCUCGAUCUCAACUCCAGAUUCUUGACAGGUUGGAUCAGGGGAUUAAGGACCAGAAAUCCGAUCAGGCCUUUGCGAACGAUAUCCUCGAGGAGAUUGCUCAGGCGGUUGGAGUGCCUGUGGAGCCCUCAGAGAUAAGCAAAGAGCUGCAGAGUUUCAGGAAGGAAAAGGAAGAGGCUGCGAGCCGAAAAGAGAGGGCCGAGGAGCUUUUCCUCGGUCAGGUCAUCGAGUUGCUUUCCCGAGCUGAUGCUGCAAGGGAUUACGAGGAGGUUAAAAGCCGGUACCUCCAGAGGGUUCAAGUCAUUGAAAAGUAUGGUUCUCAAGAGUACAUCCCACCACUGAAUGCUUUCACCUGUCCAAUCAAUGGAACAGUGAUGGUAGAUCCUGUCAGCCUCCCGACCGGGACCACCUGCGAGAAGGCAGCCAUUGAGGGUUGGCUUGAGCAGGGAGAAAGGACCGAUCCCGAGACUGGAGAGUUCCUCCACGAGACUUCUCUGAGGUCCAACAUCCGACUGAGGCAGUCAAUCGAGGAGUGGAGGGAGCUCAAUUACUGCCUCGGGAUCAGAUCAUGCAGGGCAAAGUUGUUAUCAGGUUUUGAUCAAUUAAUGGAUGAGGCUCUUGCUCAAAUGAGAGAUCUAAUGAGAGAGGAUUCUGUUAACAAGGACUGGGUUUCAAUUGGUGGUCUGAUUGACACUACGAUCGAUAUCCUUGGGAGUUCACAUAACAAGGAUGUGAAGAAGGAGGUGUUAGUAACCUUGAAGGAUGCUGUAGAAGGGCAUGCCAGAAACAAGGAGCAAGUGAUUGAGUCCAAGGGGUGGGAUCUCAUUGUGCCAUGCCUGGGCCGUGACUCAAGCAUCUCGAAGGCAGGCGUCACAUUAUUAUACGAGCUAUUGCAGGACAGAUCGGGUUGGAAUGUACCUACUUGCAGAAAGCUUUCUGAGCAGAGCAGUGCGAUCCUUUUCCUUGUGACCCUGCUAAGGGGCUCGGCCAGAGAGUCUGCAGAGUACGCGAAGAAGAUCCUGAAUAAGCUGAUCGAGAUGGACAAGGAGAACAUUUCUCGGGCUGCUCGGUCAGGAUGGUACAAGCCCCUUAUCGAUUGUAUAGUCCAAGGCCCAGAUUCUUCGAGAAUAUCAGCUGCGAAAUCUUUAAUCGAUAUGGAGUUAGUGGACUCGAGCUUGGAGGUGAUUGGCAAGGAAGGUAUCAUUCUUCCUCUUCUUGAGAUGAUAACUGGAAAUCUCGAAGCCAAAGAACUAUCUCUAUCUGCCCUUGUCAAAUUACUUAGUUGCCGCGCCAACAAAGAACUUCUUGCCACUGCUGGCGGAGUCCCUCGUGUUAUCAAGGUAAUGGUCGAUCCUCAGGAGCGUACAUUCAUAAUCACAAGAUGCUGUGAGGUCUUAGGAAAGCUGACCUCCGAGGGUGAUGGGAUUCGAUUCAUCGUGGAUGGAAAUGGUUCUCCCCUUGAACUGGAUCCCAUCCUUGCCAAGUUGUUAGAAUUUCAAAUGGCUCGUAACACGUCACAGAGUGUGCUGAAACCCACCCUGCACACUAUCCUCGCGAUCUGUAAGCCGGAGCCUGAACUCGUUAAGAAGGCAGUUAUGACUGCCAGUGGCAUUUCAGCAAUUCUUCCCCUCCUUGAUGAGUCCGAUUCUGAUAUUCGGGAGGUCGCCGUGAGCCUGCUCUUCCACUUCUCUCAGCACGAGCCUGAAGGUGUCGUGGAGUACCUGUUAAGGCCAAGGAGGCUAGAGGCCCUCGUGGGAUUUCUUGAGAAUGACAAUAAUGGAGAAGUGCAGAUGGCAGCGGCGGGUUUACUGGCCAAUCUCCCAAAAUCGGAGGUCGGACUCACUAUGAAGCUUAUUGAAUUGGACGGCCUCAGUGUUCUUAUAAAACUCCUCCGAUCUGGGAAGAUGCAAGCAAAGGAAAAUGCCUUAAGUGCACUCUUCAGAUUUACAGACCCUGCAAACAUCGAGUCGCAGCACGUUGCAGUGGGACUUGGACUGUACCCUUUACUGGUAAACCUCCUUAGGGUAGGAUCAGUCACAGCCAAGGCCAGAGCAGCAGCUCUUAUCGGAAACCUAUCCUUAAACUCCACCAAACUGUCCAUUUCGACCAAACCGAGCAGGUUGUGUUUUUGCUUCCGACCUCGGGUUCCACUGUGUCCUGCACAUGGCGGGGUCUGCAGUGUAGAAUCCACAUUCUGCCUGCUGAGGGCAAAUGCAUUGUCUUAUUUGGUGGAACUGUUAGGCGGAGAGGUCCAGGAGACCGCCUACGAGGCCAUUCAGGCACUCUCCACGCUCGUCCGUGAUGGCCCAAUGAACAGGGGAGCCAGUGUUCUUCACGAGGCUGAAGCCAUUAAGCCUGCCCUCGAGAUUUUGACGUGGGGGACGGAACCUCUGAAGGAGGAAGCCUUGAAAUUCUUGGAGAAGGUGUUCCAGUCCAAAGAAAUGGUAGAAUUGUAUGGAUCGUCUGCGAAAUUACUCCUUGCCAGUAUCACAGGCAGGAAUAUUCACGUGGAUGGGAAUCUCGGGAGGGCGGCAACGAACGUUUUGGCACUCAUCGAACGAUAUUCCAAGUCGUCCACAUCUAUUAUUCCAGGACUUUUUGCAUAGUUUUUCGUUUUUGCAUAGUUUUCCUUUUCGCUCGGGUCGGGACCAAUCUUCUUCGAUGCGGUUGCAAUGCCCCUACGGUCACCUUAUACAGAUUGUAUGAGAAACAAAAUACAGAAUGAGAAUCGUCAUUUUUCGUGAAUAUUUAAGAUAAACACAGCUGCAUUCGACGAA